ACAAACCCUAGACAGUCACAGUAGCCCUACCUCCCUCUCUCUCUCUCUCUCUCUGCCAUCCCAAUUUCAAUUUUUCCAAUUGCAAAAUCCCCAAAUUCCAUUUGGUUGGGGUUUUAAUUUCUUUCCUUUUAAUUUUCCCCUUCAGAGCACAAAAUUUAACCGCGAAGUCCUCAAUCCCUUCUUCUUCUUCUUCUUCCUCCACUUCUUGUUCCACUUCUUGUUCCUCUCUUCCCCUCCUCCCUCCUCCUCCUCCUCCUCCGUCUUCGUCUUCUUUCAUCAGUCAUCCCCUUCUCUGCGCAUUCUCUAGUUCCCAAUCUUCUCGCCCCGUACCGUCUCAUCCUUCGAUUGAUGGUCCUGAGGGAAGUUGGGCGAAGAAAUUGAGGGAAUAUUGAGAGGAUAAUCGACUGUAGAAGCAGCCCCACCAAGCGAUAGAGAUAAAGGAUAACAAUGGAAGGUAUACCCCAUCCUGUGCCCAGGACAGUGGAGGAGGUGUUCAGCGAUUUCAAGGGCAGACGAGCCGGCCUCAUCAAGGCCCUCACCACUGAUGUUGAGAAGUUUUACCAGCAGUGCGACCCUGAUAAGGAGAAUUUAUGCCUUUAUGGACUUCCAAACGAAACAUGGGAAGUUAACUUACCUGUAGAGGAGGUUCCGCCUGAGCUUCCAGAGCCAGCUUUAGGUAUUAACUUCGCUAGGGAUGGAAUGCAGGAGAAAGACUGGUUAUCACUGGUUGCAGUGCACAGCGAUUCGUGGUUGCUUGCUGUUGCUUUCUAUUUUGGUGCACGCUUUGGUUUUGGUAAGAAUGAAAGAAAGAAGCUUUUCCAGAUGAUUAACGAUCUCCCAACAAUAUUUGAAGUUGUGACUGGAAAUGCCAAGCAACCAAAGGACCAGUCUGGUGGUCACAACAAUAGCAAGAGCAAAUCGAGCUCUAAGAUGUCUCGGCAAUCUGAAACCCAACCAAAGGGAGUUAAGAUGUCUCCACCACCACCUAAGGACGAGGAAGAGAGUGGAGAAGAGGAAGAGGACGAUGAACAGGGUGCAACAUGUGGAGCCUGUGGGGAUAGCUAUGCCAAUGACGAGUUCUGGAUUUGCUGUGAUAUCUGCGAGAGAUGGUUCCAUGGGAAAUGCGUAAAGAUCACUCCUGCAAAGGCCGAGCACAUAAAGCAGUACAAGUGCCCUAGUUGCAGCAACAAGAGGGCCCGGGUCUGAAUACCAGACAGAUUGACUGAAGCAGAACCAAGGAUAGAACUCAUCUGCCUGGCAGUAGACAAGCAAAACCCAGAUUUGUCCGGGCAUUUUAAGUUUGAUUUGAAGUUCCUGCAGAUGAGACUUGAGAGCUGUUGCCGCUCCCUACUUACUGUUUUCUUUUUCUCCUGUCUCUGGAAUUAUUAUGCUUUUGAUGUUGUUGGCAACUUAGAAAGAUCUUUUUAUAGACUUAUGCAGUUUCUUGUGAUUUGUGGCAAUAUUGCUCACUGCAGCAAUCCAAAGCAUUUUGCGCCUUC